CACACACUCCUCCCAGCUCACCUCCAGCCCCACCGCCCCACCAUGGCCGCCUCCACCCUGUCCGUCUGCUCCAGUGACCUGAGCUAUGGCAACCGAGUCUGCCUGCCUGGUUCCAGUGACUCUUGCACUGACUUUUCCCGGCAGGUGGACGACUGUCUAGAGAGCUGCUGCCAGCCCACCUGCUGUGUCCCCAGCUGCUGCCAGUCCACCUGCUGUGUCCCCAGCUGCUGCCAGCCCUCCUGCUGCACCCCCAGCUGCUGCCAGUCCUCCUGCUGUGUCCCCAGCUGCUGUACCCUGAUCCCCACCCAGACCCUCCUCUGCACCCCUGUGACCUGUGGGCCCAGCCCCUGCCAAUCAGCCUGCACCAGCUCCUGUACACCCUUGUGCUGCCAGCAGUCUAGCUGCCAGCCCUCCUGCUGUACCUCCUCCCCCUGCCAGCCCUCCUGCUGUGUGCCCGUCUGCUGCACGCCCGUCUGCUGCAAGCCCGUGUGCUCUGUGCCUGUCUGCUCUGGGGCUGCCCCCUGCCCAACACCCUCAUGCUGCCAGCCCACCCCCUGCUGCAGACCCUCCUCCUGCAUGUCCGUCAUCUGCCGCCCUGUCUGCAGACCCGCCUGCUGCGUGCCCGUCUCCUCCUGCUGCCAGCCCAGCUGCUGCCGCCCAGCCUCCUGCGUGUCCCUCAUCUGCCGCCCCGUGUGCAGACCUGCAUGCUGUGUCCCUGCCCCAGUGGCCCAGACAUCUUGCUGCUGACCAGCUUGAUCUCAAGCUGCUGUCCUCACUCCUGAGCACAGUCUCCCCUCCCAUGUGCCCCU